AUGCUCGCCUACUUUUUAGCAUGCUUAUGCGCUCCAUCAGAUCACGAUGACAGUAAUUACGAGCUAGAGGCACGAAAUGAAGUAUCCCCCGACCAUUAUAAAGACAGCAUUGGGUCGGUGACAGAUGAUUCUAACGGUACAUAUGGCACAACAACGUUUCGGCCGCGCAGCAAAUCUUGUGGACACACGAGUUUUUUAGACAGAUUGUUGCGUAAACAGAAUCGCAACAGCUACACCGAACUAUGUGAUUCAGAGAAUCAUGUAAGGAAUGAAGUGGCUAAAUGUGCCGGUUUGGAUUGUCAAAAAAAAUUAAACCAAAAAGUGAUGAGCCGGUGGUGGGACAGCUUUACCAAGGUGUCUGCAGAGGCAUCUGAUUUUGAGCACUGCCUGAAUGGACAAGCGCUUCGAUCAAAUGGUUUGAAGCUUAAAAGGAUAGUUUUAGACACAGAAAAAAAUGCUCCAGUUGUUGAAAUCAAUCUCACCAUUAACAAGGACAUGCUAACGGGGCAAAUGUACAGCGUGUACGAGGUGAGCAAUAACAUCGACCCCAUUGCUUCCAACGAAAAUAAUUCUUCCUACUUAAACCACUACAAAACGGAUGAGAGGGAGCGUAUCAUACCAACCCUCACAAGAAGGCUGAGCUUGAAUAGAAAACACCGCGUUCGAAAAAAUACGAUCAAAUCUGAAAUUGCCAUACCAGAAGAAGGCGCUAUUGGGGAAGCUGUGAAAUACAGGGAGAGAUUGAAUAAAAAUCUGGAAAUACCCGAGUAUUUUUUCGCACAAUCAGCAAAUACGGGGAGGAUACGAAAAAAAGAUACAAUCAGGAAAAGAUGCGGAUCAUUUCUACACUCAGCGAGUAGUCUAAGUGCGGGUAGAAUUGACCAAAGUUAUAGAACAGGAACGACCAAUAUCAGAGCUCAAGCACGGGCGUUUUAUGACCGAAUAGAUCUGGAGAAAAAGAGAAAACUGAAGAUUUAUCCUGGACAUAGUGUUGAGCUAUACAGAAUGCAAAUGAAACUAAAUAUAAAAGAAAUCCAGUCCCUUCACACUAGUGAUUUGCUACAAUUACUUGGUUUGUCCGAAAAGACCGAACAACCUAUCGCUAGGAACACAACGUUUUUCUUGGAUUUGAUCCUGUUUUUAGUGAAGUAUGAUAAUAUAGGAUGUAAAGUCGGAUAUAGCACAUACUCUGCUACAAUCAAAAAAAGGUUUAAGAAAGAGCUGCAGAACAAAAUUUUUAUGUGCAGGAACCACUGUGAUUGGCAACUGUUACGAUUGAUGGAACAGCUAUACACACUCAAAAGAAAGUGCUCGGCAUUUCUCAAUAAUGACAUAGAAUUGAAAUUAGAACAAUCAAUAGAAUACCAUGACACCAGGAGGACUAACUUAGAUCUAGAAACCUUUAAACUCCAUAUGUGCGAAUUAUUGAAGAAAAUUACGAAUAUUUUCAGCUCAUUAGACCUAACUUUCAGGGAUAUGUUCAAUAAUUUGGACCAUCUGCAACAUUUGAUCGAUAAUUCAAUAUUAGACAUUCAGGAUAGAAUGUUCGUAAGAACACCAUUUGAAUCAACUAUAGCAGAGCUUUCUGAUAUUGCUGGCAAAACAGAUGAUGCGUUAACACGUAUCUUAAGGGAAAACAUGCAGAACGUUCUAUUUAGAGAGCCUGUUGGGAUAUCUGCACCCAAAUUUAGAAGCAACAGCGCGCGAAACUCUCUCUUACAGGACAAUGACUGUGCUGAACCAUUUUCGGAGCCUUUUAAGAUAAACAGAACGGAGUUUGCAAAGAAUAUGAUUGAUCUGCUGCAUUUGAAACCAGAAGAAGAGAAAGGUUUUAUGCUUCAUUAUGAAAAAGAUUUCCAGGACAUUCUUGGCGAAACGUUUGAAAUCGGAAAUGAGAUGAUUAGAUUGUCAGCUUACGCAUUCUUAAGUGCUUCGUUCCUUGAGCAUGUGGCAUGUCGUUUCGCUAAUAUAUUAAGCGGGUAA